AUGGGAUGGAAGAUUUCGCCACCUCUGCUCCAGCUGGCUCCUAUAUAAAGGGGCAGCUUGUGAACUGGGAGCAGCAUCUUGAAAGAUUGUGCCAGAAGGUGGUGCAGUACCCAGCGGGAUGAAGGCUGCCGUGUUCCUGCUGCUCACCCUCCUGGUGCCCGCGUGCCACACAGAGGCUCAGUGCAUCAUUGACAAUGUGGUGGAUCUGAAGGUGCAGGCAGCGAUUAGUUCCAUAGUGUCCUCCACCCUGGCCAAAGCCAAGCUACUCUGCCAGGACGUCUCGGCACGUGGGGCACUUGUCUCCUGCCCAGCAGGGUACAAGCCCACGGGCUGCGCCUGUGGAAUGGCUUGCGGCUCCUGGGACAUUCGCUCCGACUCCACCUGCCACUGCCAGUGCGGCGGCAUCGACUGGACGGCCGCGCGCUGCUGCAAGAUAGGGCUGGAGUGAUGCCAAGACCCAGCCUGGGGCACCGGAGAGCCCCACCUGGCCUGCUGCCCCUGCCGCCCCUUCGCUGUGGGCCCUGGCACAGAACCAUGCUGUGCCCUUUGUGCCCAGUGCAAUGAAUAAACUUGGAUCUGGGUCUGUU